AUGAGGCGUACCCCCCAGCAGCAGCCUCCGCAGCAGGCGGAGGAUGAGGGAUCGCUGCCCCACACAGUGGGGCUGCAGGCCUGCACGCCCCUGGACGGCUCGUUGUCGGGAGUGACCCUCCGUGCGGCCAACCUGCUGGCCUGGCACCCCACUCGCCAGCGCCUGCUCACCGCCUCAACCGCUGCGAUGGUGGAGUAUGAUGCUGUGUCGGGGGCGCGCCGCAGCCUGGUGGAGGUGGCAGGCACGCCGCUGCGCGUGUGCUACACACCCAACGGAGCCGCAGUGGUGCUGCUGACCAAGGAGCGCGGCAUCUUGUGCUGGAGCACCGCCAGCUGGAAGCGGCGCGUGCUGCUGGCGCCAGACCCCAAGUAUGCGGGCAAGAAGCUGGCGGCGGGCCUGCUGGCGGUGUCAGGGGGCCAGCACCCGGUUGUGUACUGGACGCCGCUGGGCAAGAACACCGUGCGCAUGGCCCACACCGCGCCCCUGGACGUGCCCAAAGGGCUGGGGUUCUGGACGGCGCGCGACAGCGGCGACAGCACGGUCAGCAAGCUGCGCUUCCCGCGCUACGCACACGUCAUCAGCGCCGGCCGCGCGUGCGCCUACGACCUCACGCACGGCAUGCUGAGCGACAGCCUGGCGCUGCCGCCCGCCAACGCCGCGGGGCAGGAGCGGCGCCUGGUGCGGGCGGUGCGCUCGCCGCGCCAGGGCGCCUGGCUGGCCUUUGCAAAGGUGUUGUCUCGGAAGCGGGAGGGGUCUGCUCUGGGCCCCGGCCAGCUGGAGUUCUGCCUGGUCACCGACAGCCAGGCAGCGCUGACCACCGGCCAGUGGAUGCUGCCGGGCGCGGACGGCGCGUUUGUGGGCCCCCAGCACGACAUGGUGGCUGUGGCAUCCAAUUCGGGGCGCACCCUGGCGCUGUACGAGACCGCCAAGCUGGGCGGGGCGGGGGCGGGCGCCAAGCCGCUGUACAGCGCGGAGCUGGCGCAGGGGCUGGUGGCGGCGGUGUACCCGGGUGGGUGGCGUGUGUGGGUGUGGGGCGGCCGCAGCGCGGAGCGCCUGGCCGACCAGUUGCUGGCGGUGAACGAAAACGCGUUUGUGCACGGUGCCUCGGCGAGCAGCCUGUACGGCGGCCGGGCCAACGCCGACGACUGGACAGUACGGACCGCUGCUGCUGCUGCUGAGGAGGAGGAGGAGGAGGAGGGCGAGGGUGGCCGGGCCGGCGGCGGCGGCGGCGCGCAGGACGAGGAGGAGGAGGGCGGGCCCGGGGAGGGCGGCGGCGGCGGCGGCGGCGGGCCGGAGAUCGACGUGGCGCCAGCUGGCAGGCUGCCCUUCCAGGAGGCCUCCCUGCAGGUGCUGUCGGCGGCGGACCCGGUGCUCGCCGCCUCCCCCCACGGCGAGGCCGAGGGGCAGCCCAUUGCCGGGCUGGACCUGGGGACUCUGGAGGCAUACCUGGGGGUGCCCGGCGCGGCAGUCGUCAAGCCCGCGGUGUCGACGCCCACCGCCGCGGCGGCGGGCGCGGCGGCCGCUGUGAUGGCCGGCCUCGGCGGCGGCGGCGGCGGCGGCGGCGGCGGCGGCGGCGGCGGCAUCAGCCGCAUGGACACGGGGCUGUCGGAGCUGAGCUACCCUCUGGAGCUGGAGCUGGGGGCAGGGGCGGCGGGCGGCGGGCGCGGCGGGUACGAGGGCGUCGGCGAGGGCGUCGGCGGCGCGGGUCGCGACUUCACCGCGGCGCAGGCGGCCGCCAGGGCCGCCUUCCGGCGCGACACCGCGGACGACGAGGACGAUUUCUUUUCCAGUGACGACGAGUCUGCCCCCACAGAGGAGGCGGACAGCCGGUCGGCGGCCAGCGUGACCACCAGCGGCGCCCCCGGCGGCGGCGGCUCCCAGCGCUUCCGCGUCUCCAUCCGCCCGGCCGAGGAGGCGGCGCCGGUGGCGGCGCGAGGCAGCGGCGACCUGCGCGCCGCGGCGCUGCUGCAGGCCUGCCUGCCCGGGUGGAGCCUGCGGCUGGGCGGUGCCAGCAGCCUGGGGGGCAGCACAGACAGCACCCCCUUCCCCACCUCACGCUCCGCAUCCAGCCUGGGCGGCGCCAAGCUCGGCACGCUGCCGCCCCCGCCAGGCGCCUCGCCCGUCAAGCCCAGCGGCAGCGCCGGCAGCGGGCUGGACCAGGCUGCAGCGGCCGCGGCGGCGGCAUCCGUGGCGGCGGCGCCGGUCGCCAGCGACGACCCUUUUGCAGACCUGUUUGGCCUGGGCACGCCUGGCGGCGCCAAGGCCCCGCCGCCGCCGCCCGCCGCCGCGGCGGCGGCGGCGGCCACGGGCCCCAUGCGGCCCCAGCCCGCGGCGCAGCAGUCGCUGCUGUCUGGAUGGGACGACUUUGAGGCACUGUUUGCUGCUGAGCCCGGUGCCGCGGGCGGCCAGCAGCAGGCAGCGGCGGCCGGGGCUGACCCCUUUGGUCCCGUCUCCUUCCCGCCGCCCCCGGCACCAGCCUCUGCCAGCCCUCCCAAGCCUGCGCCUGCGGCCGGCAGCCCCCCCAAGCCUGCGGCAGGCAAGCCAGCCAAGGCGGCCGCCCCCGCCACGGCCGGCGGCGGGGUGAAGAAGUCUGGGUCGUUGGCUGAGCUGGCGCCCGCUGGCGCCAGCAAGGCGGUUGACGAGGGGCUGGCGGCGUUCCAGGCGGGGCGCUGGGACGCCGCCGCCUCCCAGUUUGGCAGCGCCGUCGAUCAGGCGGGCGGGGCGGGCCCCGCCUUCACGCAGCAGGCGCUGCAGCUCUUUGCCGCCGACCAGCUGACGUGGCUUAUCAUCCAGUCCACCUCGGGGGCCACCGGCCUGGACGCCACGCAGCUGCAGGACAAGCUGAGCGCGUGCGACCGCGCAGGCGGCGGCAACGCCUCCCUGCCUCGCGACGAGGACCGCGACUCGUUUGCCGCCAUCGUGUCGAGCUGCGGGGCGCGGGGGGAGGCCGAGGACCUGGUGGGCAACAUUGUGAGCGCGGGGUGA